UUGAGGGAAAGUGCUCUUAUUGCUAAAGAAUCUGCACGUGCUUGCACUGUGUUUUCACAAUGGAGUAGAGAAUUUGGAGAUCAACUUCAAUUGCAUCCAGAUUGGAAUUUAAUGAUUUAUAAAAUUAGAGAUUUACAGAAUAGAGAGCAUGGUCUUCCAAGGCAUUGGUUACCUCCUUCGUUAAUGCCUUUACUCGAAGUUCUUAUAUUUGAGAGAAAAAACUGGGCUGAUGAAGGACAGAAAAAGGAACAUGAAUUGAUGGAAUCAUUGAAAGAAGCUAAUGAAAAAAUUAAAAGAUUAGAGGCAGAAUUGGAGAAAAGAACAUUAGAUUACCCACAAAAUUUAGCAGAUCCACUACAAAAAAUAAAUAGAAUAAUUCAAAAAGAUUCAAAAGAGCGUGCUAAUUCUAUUCCACUUAUUCGAUUACCUGUUUCGAAUGAUUCAUCAUCUCCUACAAAAAAUAGCGACGAGUUUAAUUUACCUUUAGGACAAAGAAGUCCUCGAGGAGAGAAAAAACAUCAAUCGCCAAGGAGCCCCCGAAAGCCUCUCGUCAGUCCUCGAACACCUAGAAGUGCUAGAAGUUCGCGUGGAUCUUUUAGGUUGGCAUCUGAAUAUGAAUCAUCACAGCAACAUUCCCCCCAUCAAGAAGCACAUGUAGAUUCUCCACAUACUCCGCCGCCUUCCUAUCGUGUUCGAUCAGUUUUGGGCGCUAGACCUUUGCCAGCUCUUGAAUUAAGAGCCUUAGUGGAAGCUGCUAAAGUUGCAAAAGAGAAUCAGGAUAACGAAGAUGAACUUCCUUGGGGUGAUAAAAUACCAGAACAAAUAGAGGAAGAAGAGAAAAAAUCUGAGAGGAAUAUGGAAGAAACAAUUGAUGAGGAUGAUAUAGAAAAUCAAGAAGUUACAAAAAUAGACUUGUCAGUACCAGUCGAAGAAACACCCAAUGGUGAGAAUGAAAUGAUGGAAAUACCCAGAGAAAGCCCAAAUAAAAAUACUGAGAAUGGUGAUGACCAUAACGAAAUGUUUGAAAAUGGAAAUGGAACCCUUUUGGAAUCUGAUAAGGUUUUUACUGAAUUAAAUGAUGAGAAUUGUUUUUUUUUAUUUUUUUUUAAUUUAGUCAACUUUUUUGAAAGAUUCUACUAA